CAGCAGUUAUUUGUCCAGGCAGCGCGCUCGCGCAUGCGCGUCCCUCGCUGUCAAGGUGUGGACACGGCGCGAGCGCGAGCGGCAACACAGUGGCGUGCUUUUGGAAAAGGACUAGGAGUGGAUGCGUCUUCAAAUAAAGCCAGCCGGAAGGGGUGAACGCCGUGCAGUCCGUUUUUACACAAGCAGUAUGUGCACCAACGCGGCACUGGCGUCGGCCUGUGAAGUGCCUGAUCUGUGAAGUCUCACACCGUCACCUCAGAGCCGAAGUGAAGCACGAAGAGCGCAGGUACAAGAGCAGAGCCGGAACAACUCGCUUUACUGGUCGCGCUCGCUUUGUUUAGCUACUUCCAAGCGGAUUAUCUCUGAUAUCAUCACAUAAAUGAAGUGACUUUUAAAGUGCAACCGAACUAAAGGAAUUAUGACGGACUUGAGGAAAAAUAAACUCUUCGUCCUGGUGGACGUGCUGUGUGUUGUUGUAGCUUCUCUGCCCUUUGUGAUAUUGAAUAUUGUGUCCCAGCCAUACAAGCGAGGCAUCUACUGUCCAGACGAGAGCAUUAGUUACCCUGUAAAAGACGACACAAUCACCAACGUGACAAUGGCUGUAGUCACCAUCACCUGCACUAUCAUCAUCAUAUCUUCGGGUGAAGCAUAUCUGGUGUACAGCAAAAAAAUUCACUCCAACUCUACCUUUAAUCGAUAUGUGUCAGCCAUAUAUAAGGUGCUGGGUCCCUUCCUGUUUGGCGGAGCCGUCAGCCAAUCACUGACAGACAUGGCCAAGUACACCAUUGGGCGACCACGGCCACAUUUCUUAACAGUAUGUGCUCCCAAAAUCUGCAACGGAUACAUGGCCACGAUCAACUGCACUGGCCCCAAAAGUGAUGUAACUGAAGCCCGGUUGUCCUUCUACUCGGGUCACUCCUCCUUUGGGAUGUAUUGCAUGCUGUUUCUAGCGUUCUAUGUUCAGGCCAGGUUGAAUGCAAAAUGGGCUCGUCUCCUGAGGCCCACUAUCCAGUUCUUCCUGGUGGCCUUUGCUGUGUAUGUAGGUUACACUCGUGUGUCUGAUUAUAAGCACCACUGGAGUGACGUGCUGGUGGGGCUCUUCCAGGGAGCGCUCAUUGCAAUUCUCACCGUACGAUAUGUAUCAAAUUCCUUCAAGGUCCGUCCUUAUCCUCAGGGCUCAAGUCCAGAGACAGCGGACAGUGAGGAAAGGAAAACAAGCUUACGUUUACCUUUAAGCGAGGUGGUGCACAAUAACCAUGUAUGCUAAUCUAGACCUGUGUGAGAGAAAUGAGGCCGAACACUACAUCUCCCACAAACCACUGGACUGAGAGGAGGGGGCAGAGCAAGACUGCAAUGCUCACAAUGGUCCUCCUUUUAGUGUGUCUUCAUUUCUUUUAAAUGGAAGAGAACUUUUUAUACAUAUUUAAUCAGAUUAUUUUAAUCAGAAUGAUUUGCUGAGGAUGUUGUGGGGUCGGAUUGAUGUGGUAUAUAUACUGGACCAGGUUUUGGACAAAGUCAAGUACGGCAUGUAUAAUCUGAAUUAUUAAUCUAACGGUUGUGUAAAUAAUGGCUUGCUUUACUUAUAUAAAUCGAUG